GCCAACAAUGAAACUUGAGGCUGUGCCUGGCUCCUUGUGCUGUUAUGCUCUGCUUGCAAAGAGUGCAAUUUACCCCAAAACUUUUUGUCUACUGUAUUUAGGUAGAAUCACAAAAUAGUAAUAGUUGAGGCUGGAAGGGACCCCAUCAGAUGGUACAGUUCAAGCCCCACUGUGCUCAAAGCUGGAACAACUACAGGAGGUUGCUCAAGGCCUCACCCAGCUGGGUUUUGAGGAUCUCCAGGGCUGAAGACUCCACAAACCCUCCGGGAAACCUACAUCAGUGUUUGACUACCGUCACUGUCAAAUAGGCACGGCAGGAACGAGCUUCCGGCAGCGCCGGGCACCUCCCCUCCCGCACAGCCUCUUCCCCAUCCAGAAAUGUCUCCUCCGAAGCACUGCACCGUUGUGGCACACAAGGAGCACAGCGUCCAUGGGCUCCAUCACCCAAAUUUCUCUCUGCAGACGGCCCUGGGGGCUCCCACAGGCCGUGCAAAGGGAUCCCGAGGAGCUCUGGCACUCGGGCAAUACCAGGGUUGUGGGGGGCUGUGGCGGGGUGGGGGCACGGGUGACAGCACAGAGGACAUGUCACAAUGGGGGGACUGUAUUUAAGGCAGCCAUGGGCAGCGCUGCUUCACUUUGUCCUGAGCCAUUGGCGAGGUGAGUGAAGCAGCAGGGGGAAGGCUGGGCUGGGCCAGGGCCAGGGCACAAACACCAGCCCCCCGAGGGCUGCUAAGCCUGAAGCAAGGGCCCAGCCAUUCAGGGCAGGGCUCGUGGCUGUCACCGCUAGCUCUGGUCGCAGUCGCUGCUGCCUCCCAGCUCCCUCACCCCCUCUCCUACCUGACCCCAGGAGUCUGUAGCUCCUGCCCCGGCUCCCUCAGCCACCAGCCAGCUCCCACCCAGCUGACCCCCUUCUCUCUCAAUUCUUGCAGACCAUGGUUUCGGAAAUUUUCUUCGCGUUGACUUUCCUGAGCUUAAUUCAGGGCCCACAGAAAGUCGGCGAUGAUCUGGACGUGGCUACAACCGCGCGCAUGCAGCAGCGUGCAGAGGAGCUGCAGGCUCGGAUGAUGCAGCUGCUGAUGGAAAUCGAGCAGAAGGACCAGGAGCACGGCUGGGUGCGUGUGGGAACCCUGCUCCUGUCGCUGCUGCAGCACUGGCACUUCUGGGUCCUGACCGGAGCGAUCGUCCUGUUCUUUGUGCUCUGCUGCAUCCUCAUGAAAUUCUGCCGUAAGCGGCGCAGCAGAACCAAGAGAGGCGUCUCCGGAAGGAAGGACAACGACGACUCCGAGGAAGACCCCAGUGACAUUCUGGAUGCCCGGAGAUUCGUCAGCGAGUACCUGCAGCGGCCGGUGAGGAACCUGGGAGGAACGUGCAAGGUUGUGGAGGAACUGGUGAACAACCUGCUCGCUGCCUGCCAGGGCCUCCCCAGGAGCGAGUUCAUGCCACGGCUGCAGCCAGCCAUUGCGGUGGGCAGCGCCUCCGGUCCCACUGGGUGUGAUACCAUCUACCGCCUGCUCGUGCCCCUGAACCCACCGCCUGGGCACACCUUCCACCUGGAGCUGGGCACCGAAGGGGAGAGGCUGGUGAGGAAUUCAUGCCUCCGCGUUGAGCUGCAGUGCAUGUGCACACGGGAGCAGAUGCUGGGUGACGUGCUGUGCUUCCUGCACCAUCCUGAGCACGAGCUGAAGAACCAGGACCCAAACCUCCUGGACACCCUCUGCUGUGGCUCCUACUUGGAUGUGCGGAAGACAGCAAAGUGGUUCCAGGGGCUGGUGGCAGAAGCCUGGGGGGCCAUGCCUCAGUCAGCCCAGCUGCAGCUAACGAUGCUGCCCGCCACCCGCUUCUGCAAGUUCAUGCUGACCAACGCCUCCAAUGAAAGCCUCUCUGUCGAGCUCAUGCUUGGGGUGAAGGAGGACGACUCGGACACCUACCUGACCUUCAAGUAGUCAGAGGCCGGCGUUCGCAGCAGCACGAGGUGGCCCCAGAGCUGCGCUGUGCCAGAGAUGCUGCUCUUCAGGAAACACCUCAGCAUGCUCGGCACACCUUCCACCUCAGACAUCUGCAGCUCUGUGUCUGUACCCUGGUAGGCACUAACUUUGCCACCUGUGCCUCGAUGACCGCUGUCACCCACCUCCUGACCUGACCGCCAUCCUCGUGGCAAGCACGCACAGGAGGGAUUUCACCAGCGAUGCUUUCGGUGGCUGCGAAGCUGAAGGAGUGACACCCUGCUUGCCACAUGCCCCAGUGCUGAGCACGCUGCCCAUGGAAACGAUGCUGCUCAGCUGGGAAUUGCUCCUCCAUGGCGUCUCUGCAGCAAAACCACCCCUGGGGGAGGCAGACCCCGUGCAGCUGAAGACACCGCUGCAGGGAAGCUUAAAGCAGAGACUCCUCUUUCCACCUAGACAGUGACCAUCUGGGCUCCUGGGGAGUGUCCACUCACUCCAGCAGC